AUGGACAGCAGCAGCAAGCUGAUUCAGGGGCGCUGGGACGCUGCGGGUUUCUGGCAAGUCUGGCACCGCUUGGACACAGAGGAAAAAGGUUACAUAGAAGAGAAGGAACUUGAUGCUUUCUUUCACCACAUGCUGAAGAAAUUGGGUACUGAUGGUGCACUCCUGGAGGAGAGUGUGCAGCAGGCGAAGCAGCAGUUUAUGGGCGCGCGAGACGGCUGUCAGGAUGGCCGCGUGCCGAUGAAAGAGCUUGCCAGAAUGUUCUUGUCUGAGGAUGAAAACUUCCUUCUGCUCUUUCGUUGGGAAACUCCCUUGGACAGCAGCGUGGAGUUUAUGCAGAUUUGGCGCAAGUAUGAUGCUGACAGCAGUGGCUUCAUAUCAGCGGCAGAACUUUGCAACUUCCUCCGGGACCUCUUCCGGCACCACAGAAAGGCCAUUUCCGAGGCUAAGCUGGCAGAGUACACAGGCACCAUGAUGAAGAUCUUUGACAAAAAUAAAGAUGGUCGGUUGGAUCUUAAUGACUUGGCAAGGAUUCUGGCUCUUCAGGAAAACUUCCUUCUGCAAUUUAAAAUGGAUGCUUGUUCUACUGAAGAAAGGAGGAGAGACUUUGAGAAAAUCUUUGCGCACUAUGAUGUUAGUAAGACGGGAGCCCUAGAAGGCCCAGAAGUGGACGGGUUUGUCAAAGACAUGAUGGAGCUUGUCCAGCCCAGCAUCAGCGGGGUGGACCUGGAUAAGUUCCGCGAGAUUCUCUUGCGUCAUUGUGAUGUGAACAAGGAUGGAAAAAUCCAGAAAUCCGAGUUGGCUUUGUGUCUCGGGCUGAAAAUCAACCCCUAAUCUCCGGACGGCCUUGCCUUCUGCUCCUGUGGUGUUUCUGUUUCAGCUGCGUCUGCGCUUACUGCUGGGGGCACAGUAGUCACAUUUCCUCAUAGCUGGUGUGGUUUUCUGUGGGCAAGGGUUGG